UCUUCUUCUCUUAUUCUUUCCCCGCGAGCCGUGCGUGCCCUAUUUCCCCGACCCCGAGCGGUUCCCUUUCUUCCUCUCUUCUCACUCGGCGACAUCUUCUUCUCAUUUCUUCGUUCCUCUUCUCGGCCCCGUUUACUUCCUCUCCUCUCUGCGCCUUCUCCAACCGACAGCACCGCCGGGUGCUCUUUUUCCUCGCCAAGCGACGCGCCGCCGCCACCACAGUCGACAGCCGGCCGCCUUUCCAGUGCCGACACUCCUUCCUCCUCCCUGUCCAAGCGCCGGCAACGUGCGGGCACAGCACUAGCGCCGGCCACCGCGUGCCCUAGGUAUCGCCUCUGCUGAUUCACCACUACUGAGCCUCUCUGCCGACGCCGACCCACCUUCACCGGCCACCAGGAUUUUGUGCUGUGGAGUACCUGAUUUCCAGGCGCUGUGAUUGAAGACAGUGAACCGCAGGUUAUUGCUUGGGUUCCAGCAACUACCUCUGUUCCGGCAGCAACGUUACCGGUUGAGGCUUCAGAAUUAGCAGCUUGCUUGUUACCAUGAGUAAAGAUGAAAAUUUGGUAGAAGAUAAGAUGCAAAUUGAUCAGCAUGAUUCAGAUCGGCUGCAAAAAAAUGUUCCAGAUGGAUUUUCUGAGGACUAUCUAAAAGUCUAUUAUGGAAAGCUUUUUCCUUGUGUUGAUAUAUAUAGAUGGCUAUCUUAUGGAAAUGAUGGAAAACAUCCGGCUUGUGAUCAGUCCUACUUUGGCCGGAGAGAAUUUUCAUUUACUUUGGAGAAUGAUAUAUAUCUUCGAUUCCUGUCAUUUAAUAAUGUUGUCGAGAUGGAGAGUUCAAUUAGAAAGAAGUGUCCUUUUAAGAUUGAUAUUGGACCUGUGUAUACUGUUGAUCCUGCAAAAAGACGUGCAUAUGCACAAGGUGGGAAUAAUGUAUUUUCGCCAAUUGAAAGGGAGCUUGUUUUUGACAUUGACAUGUCAGAUUAUGAUGAUGUCCGGUACUGUUGCUCAGGAGCUGAUGUAUGCUUGGAUUGCUGGCCUUUAAUGAAUGUUGCUAUCAAGGUUUUAGACAUGAGUCUUAGAGAGGAUUUUGGUUUCAAUCACAUCCUAUGGGUAUAUAGUGGUCGCCGUGGUGUCCAUUGUUGGGUUUGUGAUGGAAGAGCAAGAAGGCUUAGAGAUGAGCAACGAGCAUCAAUUGCUGAAUACUUCCAUGUUAAUAAGGGUGGUGAAAAUAAUGCUAAGAAAGUGAAUUUAACUGGAGCAGUUCUUCAUCCUUUUCUUGCACGAUCUUAUACAGAGGUUUUGAAGGAUUCUUUUGAAAAGAAGAUGCUUCUUAGCCAGAAAUUAUUUGCGUCUGAAGACCGAUUUCAGAAGAUUCUCCAAAUCAUACCUGAUGAUUCUAUUGCUUCUGAGCUUCUUGACAAAUGGCAAGGAAAUAGAAGAUCUUCCAUUUCAAAGGAAGAUGUUAAUGUUUCUCGUUGGGAACAGUUAAAGCAUGUGCUACAAUCUGGGAAGCACAAGGUUCAGGGGCUACGACGGUGUGUGGAGGAGAUUAUUUUUACAUACACAUUUCCUAGGCUUGACAUGGAGGUAUCAAAACACAUGAACCAUCUGCUAAAAGCACCCUUCUGUGUGCAUCCUAAGACAGGGCGUAUAUGUGUGCCUAUUGAUCCUAAUGAUUGUGAUGAUUUUGAUCCUACCACCGUGCCAACACUUUCUCAGCUUAUUGAAGAGCUUAACAUGAGUAAUAAGAGAUCUGAGUCUGAAGAAGAUUGGGAAAGAACUUCACUUCGCAAGUCAAUUGAAAUUUUCAGAUCAUUUCUUUCAGCACUUUUGAAAUCUUGUAAGAAGGAGAUAAAUUCCAAUGUUAGACAAUCCACAGAUGCUAGGAAUUGGUGAAAGGGUGCAAAAAAAAUUGUAGCAGAGGCCAUGAAACUAAACUUUUCACUGGUGCAGUAAGCUUCCGAGGAACAUAAGUAUCAGUGUUCAUCACUGCUGUAGAGGCAUUGAAGAUUCUGUUUUGAUCUUGUAGCUUGCACAUAUCCAUCCUUGCUGUGGCAUCAUCCACAUGAAGUUUGGUUGACAUGUUUAUGUUAGUAUCAGUCACUGGAUCAUUGUUUUUUUGCUUGUGUAAUCGGGUUUUGCAGUUGCAUAGGGUUUGCCAUCUUGUUAUUAGCACUAGUAAUUAUUAUACUUAAUCUUGUAUUAGUAUCACUCAUCUUUCCUCCUUUCA